AUGGAGUAAGAUAGUAUCACUAUUCUUUCAUAAUCUAAGGAAAGAAGGAUUAAGUAUUUAUUAAUAAUCAUUCAGAGUUAUUUUGAUUGGAGAUUAGAGUGUAGGUAAAAGUAAACUUCUUGAGUAAUUACUAAAUGUUGAAUCUAAAGUUAAUGACAAAGAAAUCUAAACUGUAGAUUUUUUCAUUUCUCGUGUUAUUUUACCUGAUAAUUCAGAAUAGAAAAUAUUUAUUUGGGUUACAACAGGAGAAAUCAAAAAUAUGUAAAAAUAUGAACUAAUUAUAAUCAUCAUAGAAAUCUUAUUAGAGCAUUUUUAUUAAAGAGUCAUAUAUAUGUUAUUGCAUUUUCUCUUAAUAAUCCAGUUUCAUUUGAGAAUGCAGUUAAUACUUGGUUUGCUUAGUGUUAUAAAAAUGCAAGAGAAACAAAUAACUAUUAUUAUUUCAUUGGCACAAUGAGUGAUAAAGAACAUCUUUGUGGAUCUUAUUAAGAGAUUAUUUAAAUUAUUGCAGAUAAGUGUUAAGAACUUAAAAUGGAGAAAAAUGCAUAGUAAGUACCAUUUCCUACAGAUAAAGCAUAUAUAAGAUAAUCAGCUAAAUGGAAUGAUGACAAUAUCAUUGAAUUUGCAAAAAAUAAAUUACCAAAUAAUGUGUAAAUAUUUUAUAAGGAUUAAUUAGAUUUUACUCUGAAACAUCAGCUGUUGUAAAAACAGGUAUUGAAAGAAGUUCAAGCAUAUUUAUUAGAUUAUUAUAAGCUGCUGUUAAGUAGGAAUUUGCUAAAGAUGGUAUAGAACCUAUUAUUGCUCCAUCAAGAACAGCUUCAAGAUUUUCUAUGGCAUAAAUGUAAGUGCCAAUACCUGUUGCUGUUCCAACGUCAUCUGCAAGAUAAUCAACUUAGACUGGCAAUUUAUAAGUUAAUAUGGCAAAAGAAUCUGUUCCAUUUUUACCUUUUGAAUAAAAAGAAUCAAAUAUGUCUUCGAUGGCUGAAAUUAAAAAGGAAUAAAAUCUAUGUUGUAUGAUUUAAUGA